UAUUAUCUGUGAUGAACACCCCCAAUAAUUAAUAAAAUCCAGGAAACUACUGUAUAUUAUUGAACACUUUUAUUUAUUUUAAAAUGGAUACUAUUCAUUGAUGUAAAAUAAAAAACUCCACUGGAAUGGUAUAUAGCUCUUGAAAUCACUUGUCAGUUACAGAUGUCCUCAUUUACAGAUAAUGAAAAGAAUUCAGUCUAUUUUCUGUACAUUGAAGCCUGCCUCUUAAUAGGGUGCAUGUAGAGAAGAGAGCCAUAUAUCUAAUAUGAAUUAAAUGGAUCACCAUGCAAAAGACCAUGCAUAGCAAUCGUUCAAUUUUCUUACGGUUUUUUUUUUGUGUCAGCGUGUAUUUUUUGCCAAAGGAAGUAUUUGUCAACCAUCCAUUUUUUUCUGCAAAGUUGCACAUCUUUGAUAAUGGCUUUUUAAUAUGUUUUGUAUCCCAUAUAGAAACCUAUUUGACACACAACAUUGCAAUUUUCAUUAUUGUCAUCUUGUUGGGAAGAGUUUUUUUCAGAUUGAGUGAUGUAGAGCAGAGGUGUCAAUCCAAUAGCGUCACAUCACAUAUCACUUUUCCCCCCUUUGCUAAACCAGGGGUGGGUGUGGCCAGUGUGUGACACAUUUGGCCCAUGGGCCGCAGAUUUGACACCUGAUGUAGAAAGAAUUGUUCUGCUACUAUACUGAAAACAGCAUAUUUUUCGUGAAGUAUUAGGCAUGAUGUAAUUAAAGAAUGAUUUUCUUACUGGGUUACUCUUCAGAGCAGAAAGGGGAGAGAAAUAAAAAAAUGAAUGUUGAGUAAAAGGAUCUAAUAUUUACUGCAGAUAGAUCCAUAAUUGCACAAGAAAUCCAGAUUAAAAGGCAGGGAUUUUUCCAACUAGUUUGGAUUGUAUAGUGAAAUAUGCCAGAAACAUAUGGAGAGGGCAGGAAAGUCUGAAUGACAAACUAUCAAAACCUAUAUGUAUUGUGAAUUUAAAGCAACAAUAUUCUUCUGACUUAAAGCUGCUUGAAUUCAAUAAUAUUUUUGACUGCAGGUAUAUAGCUGGCCUCUAAAGCCAUUUAAUACAGUAAUCUUUAGAAAACCAAAAAUACUAUUGAAAGCCGCACAGAACAUCAACAGUAAAUGUUGGUAAAUUAGGUUUAGGUCACUCCCAUUGUAAUCUUGCGCACAUUUACUUUAAAUACCAUAAUCUGACUGAACUAAAUGCUAAUGAGGGAUUUCCUAAUACGUAAGCCAGAUUUACAUAAACAAGAAUGGUAACAGUCAAAAAAGAAGGCAUUUCUGUUGCCUUCUCUAACUACCAAAUAGUCAUUUCACAUACAUCAAAAUGUACAGAAAGCAAUCCGUUCUGUUUCCUUAAACUGCGGCAGGGCAAUCGUCACAAGGCAUUUUUUUAUUUGGAUUUAAAGUGGCCCGUAAACCUCAGAGGAGCACCGCUCGAAACUGGAAGGAGAGCACGGGAGAGACACGGUCCUCUUGAUCCCCGCAAAAAGCCCUGAUUUUCAUUGGCCGAUGGAGACUUUUUUCAAGUGCGAGUUGCGCAACUCAAAAGGCGAGGCCAGGUCGAUAAGAAACGCCAACUUCGCCCAGCCGACCGCCAUCAUCGUCCCCGAGCCACCUUUCAACGCGGAUUUAUAAUUCGAUCCUGGGAAUCUUGGGCCAAGGACGAUUUGCCACAUUUUUUAAAUCGGAAGAUCUGAUUUUAUAGGCGGCGGCGACUCUUCUUCUUCGGGCCUAACUUGCUCCUCAGGUGGCGGAAACCGGAACCCUUUAGACCCGGAACUGAUCGAAAGAGGGAACGCAGAAGAAGCGGCGGCAGGAGCCCUUUUUUCCCCUUUUUGUCCUCCGCCGCAGGUCACGUGGUCGUACCACUCCUCCUUCCGCUGUACCCCCUUCCUCCUCUCUUUGCCUCACCCCCACCCCCACCCGUGGCGGAGAGCCCGGUGCGGCUGCAGCAUGGCGGACACGACUUCCCAGGUGCUGCUGGGCUCCGGCCUCACGGUACUCUCGCAGCCGCUCAUGUACGUGAAGGUGCUAGUGCAGGUGGGAUAUGAACCCCUCCCGCCAACUCUGGGAACAAAUAUUUUUGGUCGGAAAGUCUAUCAACUGCCUGGUCUCUUUGCUUAUGCUAAACACAUUAUGAAAAUUGAUGGGAGGGCUGGACUCUUCAAAGGUUUGGCUCCUAGACUCUGGUCAGGAGCCAUUGGCACUGUAGUACACAGUAAAGUUUUACAGCAAUGCCAGAACUCUGACCAAAGUGAGGAAGUAGGGAAUACUCACAAAGAAUCUGGAUCUUCUUUCGAUCAAGUUAUCAAGGAGACUUCUCAAGAGAUGAUUGCACGUUCUGCUGCUACGCUAGUCACCCACCCAUUUCAUGUGAUCACCUUGAGGUGUAUGGUGCAGUUCAUUGGCAGAGAGACCAAAUACAGCGGGGUAUUUAGCUCUUUCGUCACCAUAUACCGGGAAGAGGGAAUCUGUGGAUUUUUCGCGGGCCUGAUUCCCCGCCUUCUUGGAGACAUCCUAUCCUUGUGGCUCUGUAAUAUGCUGGCCUACCUCAUCAAUAACUAUGUACUGGACAAUGGGGUCUCUACCAUGACUGAGAUGAAGGGUUACUCUCAGGCUGUCACUGGAUUCUUCAGCAGUAUGCUGACCUACCCCUUUGUACUUGUUUCAAACCUAAUGGCCAUUAAUAGCUGCGGGCUCGCUGCUGGCCUCCCACCUUAUGCACCAGCGUACACCUCCUGGUUACAUUGCUGGAGCCAGCUGCAUGGGGAGGGCAACAUGAGCCGAGGCAACAGCCUGUUUUUCCGGAAGGUGCCUGCAGGAAAACGAUAUGUGUGGGAAGAGAAGAGAUUUCAAUGAGUCCACAGCCUUUUGUGGCUGCUUCAGAAACACAGAAUGAUGGCAGUGUGUUGAUUUCUUACACAGUUCUUUUUUUAAAAAAAAUAAUCAUUUAACCUUGGGAAAUGGACUUGAUUGUGAGCAUGACUUAAUGACAAAAGUAAAAGGAAAUCCUGUUCCUCCCUCUGAAACAUUGGGGUAAUUGCCAAAAAGCUGCCACACUUAGGUUGGGGUGGAGGAUGGAAUGGAGGUUUACUGUUUUGUGAACGGGGAUAUUUUUUUAACUUUCUCCAGGGAAAACCAUCUAUGUUGGAAAUACUCUUGCCCCUCAUGUUCUUGCUAUACUACCCAGGUAUUACUGCAACUUGGUUGCAAAGCCAGGGAAAUAAGCUGCUCCUGGAAGAAGAUGGAUUCCGUUUGGCCUUGUGCAUUUUAUUUGCAGCUGCUAGAUCAAGUUGGGGAAUGU